CUUUUACAUGGAUAAAAAUAAUAAUAAAAAAACUAACACACACACACUCUCUCUCUUUUUUUUGUUCUUAUAUUGUAGGAACGUAUUGAACAAGCUUAUCAGAAUUACGAUGAAAACUCAUUACAAGAUGUUCUUCAUGGAAUUCAAGAUUCUAUUCAAACUACCAUUACAAUUAGUCUCUUCGAAAUGUUGUCUCUUCGUACUAAUGAAAGUUUCAACUCCACUCAAGAGCACUUGACUGACGACGUCCACAGUAAUAACAACGAAAAUGAUCAGUUUCCGCGUUUUACGAUCUCCUUUGCUGGUGACGACAACGAUAAUAUGGAGUCCUUCUAUAGAAAUGAUGUAUCAGUCAACCCUAUUUUGGCAACUACGAGAAAUAGUUCUUCUGGUGAAUUAGCUAACGGUUCGGGACUUGCUUCUAUACCACUUACAUCUAAUGUUGGCUUGAAUAGAUCUGACGGCGUGGAUGAUUCAGAUUGGGAAACUGUACCGGAAGACGAAGAACAACAACGUCCAGUGGAGGAUCAUACCUGCAUUAGCAAUAGCAGCAAUAGCGACUUGGAGGACUCGAAUGAAAGUUGCGACUUUAGUAACUCUGACGAAUACGAUGAUGAAUACGAUGAUGAAUAUGACGAUGAAUAUGACGAUGAAUAUGGCGACGAGUACGACGAUGAAUAUGAUGAUGAAUAUGAUGAUGAAUACGAUGAUAGCUUUAGUGAUGAUUAUAAUGGUGACUACAGUGAUGAUUACAGUGAAGAUGAAUACAGCAAUGAAGACUGUGAUGAUGAUAGCAAUCUAGACGAGGAUAUUAUUGACGAUGAAUUUGAAGAUGGCGUCAAUGACGAAGAUGGCGAUGAAGAUGACAUGAUGACUGGAUUUGACUAUUUUAGGUAAUAGGAGAAGAAACAAUUGAUUAUUGGUAUACUCACGUUUAUCUUUUUUUUUUUUUUUUAAUAACAUAGGUUGGAAUUGCUAGGUUAUAACCAAGAUGGAUCACCCUCAUGGUCAUCGACAUAUGUACGACCCUCCAAUGGAACAAGAAACUGGGAAACUUAUCGUUCUCAUUUUAUUGACGAAAAUAGUAUACGACUUGAGUAAGUUUGAAAACAAUUUUAUUGAUUGAUAGUGUCUAAUUACCCAUCCAAUUAACAUGUCAUUAUAAU